UAAAUGAAUCGCAUUCUCGUUUAUUAUCACUCUUUAGUUGAAACUAAUAUUACAAAAUAAAUUCCCGCUUAUUGUGCACAAAUGAGCAGCACUGAUUUCAUCAGACAGUAACUGGUUCGUUCAUGAACGAAACUGCUGUCAGCUCAGAGAGCAUUUAUGUUAUGGUCGACAGAGCUGUUGUUAUUUUGCGUUGAACUUUCGAAGUGAGUGGACGUGCGCGGCCGGCAUCAGCAUAAAUUCGUCGCGUAAUUUUCCAACGCAAACAAAAUCAAAGUGUGUGUGUGUGUGCAAACAAAAGUGCGGUGUUUUGUUGCACUGUGUAAACAGCCGAAAUGAUUUUAGUAUCGAAAAAGCCAAUAAUUCGGCAAGUGAAACCAUCAAAAUGGCAUACGGUGCACCGCAAUGUGCUCAACACUUGCCGCCUAUCGGGACGCCGACGCUGCGGCAGACGUUCGGUCAGUUGUUAUCAUUUCUUCAGACACAGUCGCGGUUUCCUCUGGUUCGUACUCUGCAAUUUGUUGCUCACGCCGAAUAUCUGUGAUGCGCAGCUGCUGAUUAAUGUACAAAAUCAGGGUGGCGAAGUUAUACAGGAGAGCAUUACGUCCAAUAUUGGCGAGGAUUUGAUUACCCUCGAGUUUCAGAAGACCGACGGCACCCUCAUCACGCAGCUCAUCGACUUUCGCAACGAGGUGCAAAUCCUCAAGGCCUUGGUGCUGGGCGAGGAGGAGCGCGGCCAGAGCCAGUAUCAGGUUAUGUGCUUUGCCACCAAAUUCAACAAGGGCGAUUUCAUCUCAUCGGAUGCAAUGGCCAAGCUGCGCCAGAAGAACCCGCACACCAUACGCACACCCGAGGAGGACAAGGGACGCGAGACCUACACCAUGAGCAGCUGGGUCCAGCUGAAUCGCUCGCUGCCCAUCACACGGCAUCUGCAAUCCCUCUGCGCGGAGGCCACCGAUGCCACCUAUGUGCGGGAUGUGGAUUUGAAGGCCUGGGCGGAAUUGCCAGGCUCCUCGAUUUCCAGCCUGGAGGCAGCAACCGAAAAAUUUCCCGACGCGCUCUCCACGCGCUGCAACGAAGUGAGCAGCCUGUGGGCGCCCUGCCUGUGCACGCUGGAGACCUGCAUCGGCUGGUAUCCGUGCGGACUGAAGUACUGCAAGGGCAAAAGCGUGGGGGGCGACACGUCCGGGACGCAGCAACAGCAGCAGCAGCAGACGAAUUAUCGCUGCGGCAUCAAGACCUGCCGCAAGUGUACACAGUUCACCUAUUAUGUGCGGCAGAAACAACAGUGCCUCUGGGAUGAAUGACGACGCGGCGAGCUGCAGAUGCGCUGCGCCAAGCAGGUGCCACUGACGCGGGACGCUGACGGCGACGGCAUGGCUGCGGCAUGUGAUGCAGCAGCGAGUGAAACAGCGGCAACGACAAUAACAACAACAACAAGAACACAAACAACGAGCAGGGUGACAACAACAACAACAACAGCAAGAACAACGACCAACAAAUUACGCCAACUGCUUUUGUUGGUGCAACAGCAGAUGCCUUUUGCACUGUGGAGCUUUCCGGUCCAUCACAUUUCCCAUCACCCACAACAACAAGCCCAACUUUCUGGCCAGGCGGAGGCACAUCAUCAUCAUCAUCAACCUGAUCAUCAUCACACGGCGGCCGACUUGUCGCAUCACCCGUCAACAAUGGCCGCCAUCGUGGCGUGAUAAUGCGCAUGCAACUCGGACAAGGGUAUAUAAACCCACACACACAUGUAUUGGUGUGAACACACCUACAACCUAUACCCUCUCUCACUCUUCUUAUGGGCUGUAUAUAUGUAACUAUGAUUAGAAUAUUGCCAAGCUACACUUACGCUUAUGCUGCUAGGUUAGGAGCUUUGAUGAGCUGAAAUAGAAAGACAUUUUAUUCGCAUUCUCAUUCUCAUUCGAAUCUCGUGCUUCAGUGUUUUUUUUUCCCCCAUUUAAUCCCAAAUCUUUCUCAUUCCUAUUCGGUUCUCGUGCUUCACUUCUUAUUCCCGUUUAAUCCCAAACCCUUGACAAUUUAGUACACAUGCUUUUUAUAAGCUGUUCAGCAUUUACAAUUUUAUUCAGAUUUUGAUUCAUCAUUUCCAAUUUUAAUUAUAUUUAUCGCCGUUGUUUUGGCUUCUCUUUACACAUUUCCCUUAAUUCGAUUGCACUCGUUGUUAACAUUUCCUACACAAACUCUGAACAUUUGAUAAAUAUAUUCUUUCCGUUGCUCUUCGAAUCGCAUUAUAUAUUAAUUUAUUGAAAUGUACAUUUUAUUUUUUCAAUUAAUCGUUAAUCCCUUAUAUACAUUUAUCACAUGGGUGCUCUAUGAGCUGAUUGAGCGUAUUAUAUUAUUCUUCAGAUUGAAAUAACAUUUUAUUUAGUUCUAUAUACUUGUUGAUUGUUUCGCUUAUUCGCAUUUUAAACAUAAAUCUGACAACUUUCUCUUCGUUGCAUUUUUUAUAUGUGAUUAACAUAUAUCCCCCUUAUCUAUUGCCUUUGUUAACUCUUUGUUUUACAGUUCGUACACAAUUUCUUAACAUUUGAUAAAAAUAUUCUUUCCGACUCGAAUUAACAUUUUACUAAACCACAAUACAUUUAUAACAUAUUUGCUUACUGAGCAACAUUCUAUUCAUACUCGCAUUUCAAUAUUUUGAGCUCCAAACCCAACCAUCAAAUUGACUUUGAAUAGACUUUAUUCAAUUCUCUGCAGUUAUUUCCCAAUCAAGUUCUUCACAUAUAUUUAUUAAUUCUUUAUUAUUCUUAAGUAUAUUCUAAUUGAGCUCUCGAACAUUUUUUUCAUAAUUCCCAUUAUAUAGAAUAUGCUCUCUCUGAGAAAUGCUUAAUGAUUUCAUAACCUUUUCGACUCUAUUCAAUAACUUUUGCUGUCUCUUGUUAAUUCAUAAAAUCUCAUUAUUAACUCUUCCUGCUUUUCUAUAGAUACGUCUACUAUUCUUGUUUAUUUAUUAAUUUUGCUCUGAAACACUUGGCACUACCUCAGGAGUAUUUUGCUUAAUUUAUAUACCUGACCUUAACUCGCAUCCUUUUCAAUUGGAAAAUUUAUGUACACCUUUCUCUCUGUUUACAUUUGCGGUCUUUGUUAAAUAAUGGCUCAUUAAGAUAUAUUUACGCAGUUCGACAAAUUUUGUUCUUUUCUCUCCACCUGUUUCUUUCUCUUUCCUUUCACAUUUGUCAUAAUUAAUGUGUACAUAAUACAAAUGAUUGUCGCAUCAUUAAAUUUUCGCUUUUCGCAUUUUCUUCAUCCCCUUAUCAUAUUAUGCUUUUACAUAGGAAAGACAGCUCAAGAAUUAAAUUUAGUAUUAUAUAUAUAUAUAAUUAAAGAAGGUAAAAUUAAAUGUGGCCUUAGCAUAUUUUAAGAGCGCAACUUAAGAAGUUUGUUCCAGGAUUUCACAUUUACACACACACACUCACACUCCCUCUCACACACACAUGAGGUUGAACUGUCUGAAUUGUGCUCAUAAUAGAAAAUAAACUUUAACAAGCCAUAUAAGGUUAGUUCAUAAAUGUUCUAUAUAUAUAUAUAUAUACUAACCACAACGACUGCCGCAAAUGCUUUUUUAUAUAUAAUAAAACCCAAAGAAAUGGCUGUUCCGUAAACCACAUAACUAUAAAAAGGUUAUAAACAAAUGUUUCUUUUGUUUUCUCUUCAAAAAUUUGUAACCUCUUCUCCCCACAAUUUUCCAAUUCCCAUUAUUGUUCUAAAUUUCAUCUGGAAAAACCUUGCCUUUACUCGUAAAAUUUUAUUCAAUUUUUUUAUUCCGAAUUAUAAACUUGUCGUAUCUUGAUAAUAUACCUAUAAGAAGCAAACAAUACCAAGAACAAUAAUCUAUUGUAAAAUUUCAAGAACUAGUCUACUUAGAACUGUUAGAAUGGCUAUUUUCCUAUAAGCAUACUACAAAAAUGCAAAUAUUAAAAAAUUGUACACAAAAUUCCAACAAGAAUUUCAAUUUCGACUAAGAAACAAUUUAGAGAGAAAAAAAAACGGUGAUAAUAAUUUUUUCUACAAACGCGGAUGACGACAACUUUUUCUGCAAUGUAAAAAUAAUAGAUGUACAUAUAUAUACAUAUAAAUAUAUAAUAAUUAGCUCUAGUAUAUAGUUAUAAAUAAUGCUGGAGAACUCAACAAUCUGAUUCGUAUAAAAAAUAAUAAUUAAUCGAUUUAACGACUAGAGUAAGACAAAAAUUAAUUUAGUCAUAAUAAAGCAGCUGACAAAUUCUACAUUUUAUAAAAAACAAAAAUCUAUAUAUUCCUUCUUGAUGGUAAAAGCGCUUAAACCAAUUGCGAAUUACAAGAACACUUGUAAAUAAGUGAAACACUAAAAGCCUGCAAACGUGAUUGACGUGCCAGGGUUGCCAACUUACCAAAAACCGAAAAAAUUUAAUUGAGAGUUGGCCACAUUGUAAUGCCUCCAAGUCCGAAAACGGCCUCACUCCCGCAGGUGCUGCUCGCAUCCAAAACAAACAAGCUGCAUCCUGGCGCUGCUGCAGUCGAGUCGUCCUCUUGAGCUAGUGGCAAAUUCUUUAUGCGAUUUCGCAAAUCGGUAUCGAGUGCCUCACAGAGAGAGAGAGAGAGAGAGAGAGAGAGAGAGAGAGCUAGAGGGAGCGGGCGAGAAGGACCUGAACUUGGCUGGGCUAUAACUAUAUUCAUGGCAGCGCUGUAGAAGGUGGCGACGAUAGCUUAAGACGUGCGGAAACCAAAUCGGCGUCGUAGAAAAUUGAAUUUGCUGCCAG